AUGCAGACAAACGCAGAAGAUCGAUUGCAGCGAAAGAAGCGUUUGUUGGAGUUCUAUGGCCCAAGAUCAAAGCCUGAUGAUGUGUCUAAAAUUAUUCUGGACCCAAAGGAUAUUGAUUCUGUCGGCUUUGAUCCGAAGGAAUAUUUAAAUGAUCUUCUCCAAAAUUGCGACUUGAAUGAUUUGCUGGCCAAGGAGACAGAGAUUUGUGAACAAAUUCGCUCACUUGACGCCGAAAUGCAAACUCUCGUAUAUGACAAUUACAAUAAGUUCAUAAACGCCACACAUACAAUCAAAAUGAUGAAGUCAGAUUUUAAAUUCAUUGAGGAUGAAAUGAACUCUCUUACUGAAAGUAUGGUGGAAAUUCAACUCUAUUCUAAUGAAAUUGAUCAUGAAAUUCGCGAGUCCAAAUCAGCCAUCAGAAAAUUGGUGACAACUGCUGACAGCCUUCGAAGGCUUGGAUACCUGUCUACGUUGCCGUCGAAGAUUAGAGAGUUCAUGAAAAAGGAGGAGUGGGCCAAAGCAGUCGACGCUUACACCAAAGCAAGUGGAUUUUUCGAGAAGCAUCGUAACAUUCCAUCCUUUCAAGGAAUUGACAAAGAAUGCACCGAGUUAAUCGGUGAGCUUGUCGAAGAAGUGGAAGCUCGUCUUCUUUCGGCGGAGGAUUCACAGACCUUAUCCACAUCAAUUGAGGUUUUGGUACAACUUGGAAAACCUGUGUCGGAACUAUCGAAAAAGUUUAUUCAGAUAGCUUCGCAGCACAUCGACUCGCUGUUUGAGAAGUUGGUCUCCUCUCAUGAUUUGGAAAGUGUGGAGUCAUCCGUGCCUGACCUUUUGAAUUUCGCAAAUGCAAUGGCGGAUGCCAUUUCUGAGGGAACGCUGCCAUAUGUCUUUGCAUUCUCCAGUCGCUUUCUUAGUAGUGCAGCUCUGUCAUCGAGGGACAGUGAGUUCAAGGAUACCCUUGAGACUUGCCUCUUCGAGUUUUUGCAAAGGGUGACUCGGACGUUCCUUGCCUUGAUUGACAAGAAGUUGCAAAGUGAGGUUCAGUCAACCGAAAUAGGUCUGCUGGUGAGAGCUUUGGAGCGCCUAUUCGCUCGGCUGGUAGAUUUCGGUCGCAGCGUCCUAGAAGUUGUCGUUCCACCGAACGAGUCUUCCUCCCUAGCAGCUAGCAAUUUCAAGCGAAGUCUUGAUGAGGCCUCCCUCAACAUGGUGCUGGCUGUGGCCGCGAGAUGCUGCCGUGAGAAACAGUUUGCCUGUCUUAAGACACAGACUGCAGAUUGCCUGACUGACAUCAGGCAGUAUCUCGUCACUAACGUCUGUUCGAAGCAAACAAACAGUGAAAAUGAGGGCGAUAAGAAGACUCUUACUCAGAUCUACAAUGAAAUGAGCCGAAUUUUGGCAACCAACCUUCGUGAUUGUCUCAAGACCUUGGAGCCCUUCUUAUCAGGUGAUAAUACCUUUUCUCAUCUUCAACUUUUCCGUGCCACCUUCUGUUUGGACUACAUCCGAGAAGGUAUUGUUGCCGCCUACCUUCGUUUCCUCAUCCAUUUCUGCGAGGAGCUUUCAAAGUACACGCCCUCCAGCAUUCCUGGAAGCAUAAUCUUACUGAUGGGAAAAUUGUGCCUCGACUGGGCUAAUUCCGGAACCAUCGGCCAUUUAUUAAGUAUGGCCGAUGACUUUCUUCUCAUUGGUCUCCCAAAAUCCUCGGCCUCAGUUCAGUCCCAUCAGCAGGCCAUUCAACAUAUACUGGCUACGCGGCAACAACCUCCGACUUCGCCAGGUCCACUGGCGGAGGAGUUUCGCGCAACUGCUACGCGUCUUCUCACCACCUUCGCCAAGUUCGAGGGUGCCCAGUUGGCCCACAUGAUGCGUAAGUCUGUCGAGGCCCGUGAUUGGCUGCGAUGUCUCGAACCCCGCACUGUCCGCUCCGUGAUUAGACGCAUACUCGAAGACCUCGAUAAUAUCGACUUUCAGGUGAGUCAAUUGCUUCCACCUUCGACGGCCGGACGUUGUCGGGGUGGAAAGGAGGGUGGACGAGGGUCAGUUGAUGGUCGGUACUCCUGGCGCUCCUCGAUGUCGCAUCUUCGUGGACAGACCGUAGGAGGUCUGGUAGCGCUUUCCACUACUACUGUUGGUGCCAUGGGCUCUUCACAGCAACAUGGUGCUGUCACCUCGCCGGAGUAUGACCCGGCGUUGGCUAGUCAACUUCGUCGUCUCUUUCAUCAACGCGUGAAUGUGUUUGCCCCCGUCAAACCGACACGCGAGUCCAUCCUCUUUGGAGUGGUUAAGAUUGGCCUUAAAGCCUUCAGCGAGUGCGCACGAACUCGAACAUUUGGGAAGUUUGGCCUUCAGCAGAUGCAAGUUGACUGUCACUACUUGCACAUUCACCUCUGGCGAUUUGUCAAUGACGAUAAACAGGUGCAGAAUGUGCUUGACGACGUCAUGUACAGUGUCAUGCAGCGCUGCGUCGAGCCACAAUUGAUGGACGACAGCUUGGAUUUCGAGUACGGUCUCAAGUCGCGUUCACUGGCCUAUCGAGAGUGCUUGGAGAAUCUUCUCGAUCUCAGUCGUUUCGAUGUCGACUACUCAACCAAGUUCGAUGAGAGUUGUCGUGGACCAACGACAGAUAUCGCGUUAGACCCAGUCGAAUCUCGCUACCUUCUUUCGGCCAACCACGAUGGCAGUCUGCUACUCUACGACACACAGACCCCUGCCAAAACUAGCAACGACAGUUCCACAUUGGUGUUUCCCCACCUCGCUCACCUUACUUCCGUGCCGUCAACCCUCCUCUCUACACAAUGCAAUCCCUCUAGCGCUGACGAUUGUAGGUUGAGUCAGUCUCUGUGUCUCCAGUGGAAUAAUGUGGACACAGGCUGUUUCUUUAGUGUCUCCGUUGAUAAAACACUCAAGAUUUGGGACACCAACAGGGUUGAGUGCGUGGAUAUAAUCGCGACACCGGAGCCGAUGACUUGGGCGGCGCUGUCGCCGUGCGCAAGAGAGCACAAUCUCAUUGCGGUGUCAUUAUGGAAGCGCUACGAUCGCCACGUCGUUUGCAUCGAUCCCCACAUCGGCGCACCUUGUCUCAGCCUCUUGGGCACCCACACGGCCCCCCUCAUCACUCAGGUUCUUUGGUCGGCUCGCAACUCCUUCGUCCUCUUCACCGCUGGAGAAGACGGAAGAAUUGUCUUUUGGGAUAUCCGUGUACCUCUGAGGCCUGUUGCUACGUUGAACAAUAACUACAAGAAUGAAGAACCGCUGUAUUCGCAUGAUGCUAUAGCACACAAAGGCGGAGUGAAGGGGAUGAUUAAUAGUCCCGAUGGCCUUCACCUCUACUCGUGGGGUGGGGCGAAAGAUCGAGGCGACUCAUGCCUGCGUGUGUGGGGCGUGGAGGUGGACGGAGGGGCGCCGUGCGCUAGAGUUGAUGCACAGCCACGUAUCUCUAUUCCCGCCUUAGCUGGUGCUAUUAAAGCCGGCUUUAGAGGUUCUGGUGCAUCGCGCUGCGUCCGUCUCGCAGUAACUGGCGGUGAUAUCGGCCCCCGUUUUCACGCCUGGGGUGCAGAGGGCGCGCUCGUCUUUGUCCCCGUCGAUUGUGCUCUUCUCGUAAUUUCUAUUGGCUGUCGCUCAAGUGAUCUCAGCUCAGAUUUAUUCUCCCAACGGACCAUCAAACGGCAUUUUUCCAAGGACGUCGCCUACCAUGAGCAUGCUCUUUCUCUGAUUGCAUGGGAGGCAGAUGGUGGAGAUUUUGAACUCUUAAGCUUUUGUAUACUCCAGAUGGAAGCUUGCGCUUGGAACUGGAAACGGCUGGAACUUUACACGGCGGGAGUUGACAAUAACCUCUUCACUUGGCCUCUCUUCCAUACUGCGUCUGCUGACAAAAAUUCAGUAGAAAGUGAGUGA